CCAUGUCCAACCCUCCUCAUCCUGCAUCCUCCUCUGCACCAAUCAUCUACCUUCCGCCGAGUAGAGCGCGAAGAUUUCGGAAAGCGGAUCGACACAUCGCUUCAAGCACCUGGGAAGUCCUUGAUCAUACCUCAACACCUGUCGGUCUGACCCUAGUCACGUCGAGAUGGCCCCGCCUGCAGCCACUGUAGCGGAUGACGAAUUCGAUGAUGAUACCGAAUUCGACCUGCCAUCCGCUCCGCCUUUCGGAGGACCUGGAGGUGGACAAGGCUUUCCCGGAAUGCCGAGCUUAACGCCUGAUCAGCUUGCACAAUUCCAAUCGAUGAUGUCGGGCGGAGGAUCGGGAUCAGGUUCUGGAUCUGGGCCACUAUCAAUGAUGGGAGGAGGAGGAGGAGCGUCAGGCGGGCCUUCGGACUUUGCACCGCAGGAAGAAGAUGCAGAGUCGCACAAAUGGGCUACCAUUUACCCCAUCUACCUGGAUGCCAAGUGCGCAUUCAGAAAAGGGGGAAGACGCACACCUUACGAGAAGAGCGUGCUCUGGCCUAAAGCGCAGGAAAUGGCAAGGGCGGCUAGAGAGUUGGGAUUGGAGUGUAGAUUGCAGAGCUUGAAGAAGCAUCCCAAAGAUUGGGCUAAUCCUGGAAGGAUCAAGGUGAAAUUGUGUGAUGAGGAGGGAAAGCCUUUAAAGUCGAGCAUUCCCACGAAACAUGCCCUGCUCCUUGCGCUAGCGGGGAGGAUUCAAGCAGAAUCCGGAGGUGCGCCUCCCGCCUUGCCUAAGCAGCAAUCGAAGUCUGCUCGAAGGACAGCUGCGUCGCAGGAGAGCAAAGGCGCAUCGAUUGCCAGCGGCGGAGCAUCCAAGUCGAGCAAAGGUGCCAACAAACCCUCGCCCAUCUCUUCGUCUUUCAAAGCGCAGCACGUCAUCUCUUCCGUAUCUUUGAGACGUUCCAAGUUGACCUAUCCGCCUCUCACCUCGAGAUAUCCUGCGAAUUCUCCAGCACUAGAGGUAGGCAUGCUCAAUGCCGACAUGGGAUCGAUGUUUGGUGGAGGUGGUGGUGGUGAUGGAGCAGGCGGAGGAAUGGGCGGACUGGGGAGCAUUAUGGGAUCUAUGGGUCUCGGUGCAGGUGACAGUGAUGAUGAGGAUCCACCUAGCAAUAGCACUAAUCAGGAAGGGACCAAACAUCAAAAGAAGGAUCCUAUGGCUAAUUUGAACAGGAAACAGAAAAAGAGGGUCGUCAGGAUGACCAAGUAGCCUGAGCAAAGAUCCUGCACGACCAACCAAUGCAUGAGAGAUACUAUAAAGGGAAAUCCCUUUGGGAGAUGCGAAGGGUACAGAGCGAGCGUGAUGUGUGUAGAAUGUUGAAAGGUGCGAGAGGUGAUGCAAGUCAAUCGUUGGCGUCUCAACUCGAACGUGUCUCCUUCUCGAAAGCGCUCCGACAGAUUAGCGUUCACGACUCGACGAUGUUUCAGGGGA